UGCUGAUGCUGACCGAUGAAGAGAGAAUCAGGAGGAGGAGUGCGAGAGGUGGGGAAACAGAGAAAGAGAAACGUAACGGAGUGGAGGAGCGAUGGGCACUCCUGUGGAUGCGGGCAACUUCUGACGACCUGAGAGAUUAUUGUCUCCGAGGCGAAGUUUUUUUUUCCAGUGUCUUCUUUUUAAGUUGUUGUUAUUUGUGCGCUCAGCAACAGCCUGGCGCCAGCUGAGGGAGGAGAUGCGGUGAUAUCAUGAGCAUAGCCGACCAGGGGCAGAGAGACAGAGAGACAGAGAGGAAGAGAGAGAGUGAGGGAGAGGGAGGGAGGAAGAGGGAGCACAGGGAGGAGAGGCGGGGAGUCGGCUACCACCAAGCCAGCUGAAGAUGCUUGUUGUUUCUAGAAACAGGAUUAAUCACCGGGCCGAGCGCUGAUCUUCCUCCGGCACACCGAGCGCACCUCUCCCGCCCCCCUCCCGCUGCAGCUGUCCUGACCGAGGGCGCGUUUCGCCUGUCUGGCCCGGUCUGCCCGAAGCUGUUUGCCGUUUUGAUGCUCUCCCCCCUCUUCCUCUAUUUCCUGAUGCAGGGCCGGGGAGGGGGUGAGCCAAAGUGUGCACCGGAUAUUGGAAAACCCAUUCUUCUUGCUGAUGCUGUUGUGAUAAUAGAUUAUUAUCUGGACAACGCCGCAUAUGCACAGAAAGGCAGAUCCUGACCAAACGGGGCCCGGCUUGAGGAAAAAAUAACACAGGGGAAUGUAUGAGCUUGGGAGAAUUCUGAAAACACUUUUGGACGGUAGCAGUAGCGAGGAGGGGGGUCCCUGAUAUCGAUCAGAGAAUGGAUUCAAUCAGGGCAUUCUGACUUGGGAUAUUUGAGACUCUGCUCUUACAGAAAUCAAUCCGUGGCAAAUGUAGCCUUCCUGUCCAGGUCUGAAGGAGAAUUUUCUUUUCUGCUCCACUUUUGGCCAGCUGCAUAAGCUAUAUAGGAUCAAUCAGCUUUAAACUACUGUUAUUUAUAGCAGGGGUGGGUUUUGAUGUGACACAAUUGUGGACAUCUCCCAUCACUGGCACCGGUCAAACCUCACGCGCCCCUCUCUUGCUAAUCUUUUCUACCUUCCCUCUGAAUGAUGCUGCUGUAGUAAAAGAGGCACGAGCCGAUUCUGGAAAAAUACUUUAUUCUAGGCCUUAUAGCAACGGACCAGACCGCAUGACAAACAAGUGCAUGGGAGUAGCCUGCAGGGCCCGGCUUUAGAUCACGACCAGUCCUCCGCACCUCCUCUCCGCCGCCGUACAGCCGCCUGUGAUGUGCGUUACGGCAUUACGCACGGAGCAGGACCGAGCGCUAUCUUGAUCUGCCUUAUAUCAGGAAUAGAAUUUCAUCUCGGGAAGGAUGAGCAGCAAGGAGCUGACGGUGGGCCAGUCCAGCCAGUACGUGGGGCCGUACAGGCUGGAGAAGACCCUCGGGAAGGGACAGACAGGACUGGUGAAGUUGGGUGUCCACUGUAUAACAGGGCAGAAGGUGGCCAUUAAGAUUGUCAACAGAGAGAAACUCUCCGAAUCAGUCCUAAUGAAGGUGGAGAGAGAAAUAGCUAUUCUUAAACUAAUAGAGCACCCUCACGUUCUGAAGCUGCAUGAUGUCUAUGAGAAUAACAAAUACCUGUACCUGGUGUUGGAGCAUGUGUCUGGUGGAGAGUUAUUUGACUACCUGGUGAAGAAGGGCAGACUGACCCCCAAGGAGGCCAGGAAGUUCUUCAGACAAAUCAUCUCCGCCCUCGACUUCUGCCACAGUCACUCCAUAUGUCACAGAGACCUGAAGCCAGAGAAUCUUCUCCUGGACGAGAAGAAUAACAUCAGGAUAGCUGACUUUGGCAUGGCCUCGCUACAAGUCGGAGACAGCCUGCUGGAAACCAGUUGUGGAUCCCCACAUUAUGCUUGCCCAGAGGUCAUCAGGGGGGAGAAGUAUGAUGGUCGCAGGGCAGAUGUUUGGAGUUGUGGAGUCAUCCUCUUUGCUCUUCUUGUGGGUGCCUUGCCCUUUGACCAUGACAACCUGCGGCAGCUUCUAGAAAAAGUGAAGAGCGGAGUGUUCCACAUGCCCCACUUUAUACCUCCUGACUGCCAAGCUUUGCUUAAGGGAAUGAUAGAAGUCAACCCUGACAAGAGACUCACGCUAGAAGCAAUACAGAAACACGCCUGGUACCAGGGUGGUCGUAAUGAGCCUUGCCCAGAGCAGCCGCCUCCUCGUCGUGUGUGUUUGAAGAGGAUCCUGUCCUUAACAGAGCUGGACCCUGACGUGCUGGAAAGCAUGUACUCUUUAGGGUGCUUCAGAGACCGAGUCAAACUCACACAGGACCUUACAAGUGAGGAGGAGAACCAGGAGAAGAUGAUCUACUACCUCCUGUUGGAUAGGAAGGAGCGAUACCCCAGCUUGGAGGAUGAGGAUCUGCCACCCAGAAAUGACAUUGACCCACCCAGGAAGCGCGUGGACUCGCCCAUGUUGACGCGUCACGGCCGCUGUCGUCCAGAGAGGAAGAGCCUGGAAGUCCUCAGUGUCACAGAACAGGGGUCUCCCACCCCACCUCGCAGGGCCCUGGACACUAAUGCACACAGCCAGAGGUCUCGUUCAGUCAGUGGAGCGUCCACAGGUCUGUCCUCCAGUCCUGUCAUCAGUCCCAGGAGCCCGGUCUUCACUUUCAGCCCAUCAGAAGUCACCUCCACUUCCUCCUCCAAAGACCCCAAACCAGGAAGUGCCACCACCUCUCGGCCUACCCGCCCGACGCCUGACCCAAAAACCCAGACCUUGCCCUCAAAGGGCCCCGCAGACCGGCCCCAGCUUCACUCCAUGAAGUCCCUCCCUCUUCAGACUCCACGCUCCCCUUCCCCGUCUCCAUCCCCGCUCCUCUCCCCCAUCCCACGCUUCUUCAACUUCCCCUCUCCAUCUGUCUUCAAGUCCAAGAAUGUCCACUCGUCCUCUAACUCCUCUGCCACCCCUCCUCCUGUUUCGCAGGUCACGCCACAGGGCUCACCACUGCCCACUCCGCUGGGCACCCCUGUGCACCAAAUCCAGCACCUUUCCUCCACCACCCCUCCCUCCUCUUCCUCGUCAUCAUCUUCUUCCAGAGCAGAUGGAGCCGGUGGGGCCUCGCUGUCACUGACCCCACCCUCCAGCCCGGGCGGCAGUGGCGGGCUAGCCGCCUCAAGCUCUGCACACUGGAGAACAAGGCUCAACUCAUUCAAGAACAAUCUGCUGGGCUCACCGCGCUUUCAUCGGCGUAAACUGCAAGUCCCUACUUCAGAGGAUAUGUCCAGUUUGACUCCAGAGUCCAGUCCGGAACUGGCCAAGAGGUCCUGGUUUGGGAACUUCAUCAGCCUGGAAAAAGAAGAGCAGAUCUUUGUUUUGAUCAGAGACAAGCCUCUUAGCUCUAUCAAGGCUGAUAUCGUCCAUGCCUUUCUCUCUAUCCCAUCCCUCAGCCACAGUGUGGUGUCUCAGAACAGUUUCCGGGCAGAGUACAAGUCCUCCGGUGGCCCCUCUGUCUUCCAGAAGCCUGUCAAGUUUCAAGUGGACAUUGCUUUCUCUGAGGGAGAGAGGGAGCGAGAGAGGGAACGAGCAGAGAGGGAAGGAAGAAGAGAGAUGGGCAUCUACAGCGUCACUUUCACUCUAAUAUCAGGUCCCAGUCGCAGAUUCAAAAGAGUGGUGGAAACAAUUCAGGCUCAGCUCCUGAGUACUCAUGAUCAGCCUUCUGUGCAGGCACUGGCUGAUGAGAAGAAUGGUCAGCUCUCCCGCCAGCCCAGCACUCCAUCCCGUCAGAACUCUCGGCGCUCUGAAAGUGGAUCGGAUCGGGAGCGGGGAGAGAGGGAGCGUGCAGCAGAUGGGGGGAGUGGAAGUGGGAACAGCAGUAGCACUGUUUUACAAAGGCGAGGGUCAGGGAAAGACAAGACCAGACUCCUCUCGUCGUCCAAUGGGACGCAGUCUCAUCCCUGAAAAGAAUGUUGUGGCGGAGAGGCCUUUCUCUCUUCCUUCCCUCUGUCCUUCCCACAUUGGUUCCUUACCUGUUUCCUUACUUCCUGCCUUGCUUCCUACCAUUACUCCCCAGCGAUGGGAUGGAGGAGGGGGGAGUUUUUCCUUGAAGCUGAUCUAAGGAUAUGACGGAGAAUUCCCCACAAAUGGCUGAUUUUAGCAGAAAUUAAUAUUUGUGGGGGUGGCGGAGACAGGUUGAGCUGAUCUCUAGUCAGCCUUCAAGGGUAACUUCACCCCAGAAGACGAGUGUAAAGACAGGAUGUCCAGAAAGUCCCACCUUACAAGAGAAAUACAGGAAAAGCUCACAGCCAGGGAUCCACAUAGUUCACCUACUCCGGCAAAUCAAGAAAGCACAUCACCUUCCCACCGACCAAUCACAAGCAACACGUGGUUCAGACCCAACAGGAAACCUCCCAUCACUCAGUCUGAAUGGUACAGGAAGAUACUGGACAAUGACAAAAGCACCUCAAGGCAUUCUCAUUUAUCAUUUCCUGACCAGCCAACUGUCACCUGGAUCAAGUCUCCUCAGCACCACCUGACCAGACACAGAGUCACAUGACAAGAAACCUGCUCCCUUCUCUUCUCCUCACUUUCUAAUUGAAGACAAAUGUGUAUUCUCAAGCAAAGCAACAAAAUGAUGAAGUCUUUUGAGAACGGAAUGAGAAAAACAGAAUGAGUCCCGAUUUAGACUUGAUUGUUAAAGUGGAUUUUAUCUAUAGAUUUUAGCUAUUUUAAUGCUGUACUUUAACAUCCAAGGAGUCUAAGAGCAGAGAGAAAUGAUGGAGAAUGGAUCUGACGUGGUCUACAUAAUGUAGCCCGACAGCUAGGUGAAUAUCAAAAUAAAAUGGACACAACUUUUCCUUGAGUGUAUAAGAAACAUAAAUCCCACAGUUAACUCUGAAUUACACUGAUAAAGCUAUGAUACCGUAUUGCCUUUAACGGAGGAGAAAGAGUGGAUAGCUAGUUAGAUUUAGCCCCAUUUUCAGGACACUAGUCAUACCACAGGUAGAAUCUCUCACAAGUAAAUACCCCCACUGCAAGUGAAGGGGAUGAAUAGAUAAAACAAGACAAAUAGAUAGACAAAACAGAGGAUAGCUAGCAACAGGUGUCCAUUUGGUAGCAAAGGAAGGAUGAAAGCAGAAGCUAGCAAAAGCCUCUUAAGCUAACUUAGAGAUGACAAUGAAAGUCUUGUUUUGUGAAAAGAUAGGUCAGGAUUUAGUCUGUCCUCGUCUAUCUGAAUACAAUGUUGCUACUGUAUGCCGCAUGAACAAUGAAAGAGUAACUGUCUGAAGCGGUACCUUCCAAGAGCAACUACAUAUUGAAAGACAGUGAAGACAAUGAACAGUCCUUGUUCUGUGCAAAAGUGCAUUAUAAUUUUAAGUUGAAGCUUAAAUGAGGCUACAGCUGUCUGAGUUAAACCCCUCCCCUGUACAGCAGUUGUCCUAGUCAUGGUCCAUCUUUAGCAACCAAAACUAGUGACAGCAGGCCUGUUAAACUUUGGGUUUCUUAUGAUAUAUACUCAGCUUUUUGUGUUCUUUCAGUACAGUACCAUGUGUAUAGCCAUUAACUGUAUAUUUAAGACUGCCUUGAGGGUUCUUGUUUUAAAACUAAUUAGUUGAAGUUUGAGUUUUCAACCAACUUAUGGAGCUAACAAUAGCUUAAUUAGCUAGCUAGCUAGAGUUGAUAAAAUAUGGCAGUGACAGUUGCCUUUUCAGAGAAAAAUGGCAUUAUUUAGAAAAUUACAAAAAAAUCUACCACUGUUACAGUUUUUUGUAGUCUAGCUUUGUCCACAACGUUCCCUCUUUGUAUUUCCCUGGAUGGUGUUUCCUUGCUGAGUCGUGGCAGAGGAUACUUAGACCAGCAACAAAACUAGAUUUAAUGUGAUUAACAGUUUCGGGCUUGUAUCGCAACUAGGAGGUUUACAUGAAUGUUUUUCUUCUGACUGUGCUGCUUGUUAUUACAUUCGAAGAUAUAUGCAGAUGAGGCACAAGACUCAGACUGCUAAAGCCUCAUAUUAACUUCAGCUAAACAUUUUAAUGCAUCGUUGGACUGUUUGGUGUCUUAGCUUAUGAUAUAGUCAUGUAGGGAGGACAUCACUUCAGGGCCAGUAUAGUGAGGAUGAAUGAUUACUGUGACCAACAGCCCCUUCAGUGUAUAGAUGGGCAUACUAUAUUAAGAAUGACUUGAAAAAAUCUAAACCUAUCCUCUAAGUGAGAUGAAAAUUAAAAGCCAUGAAAUUUCAGUACUUUAAAUGAAAUGUGGAACCAAAAAAAGAAGCUGGUCAAACAGGACAACCAAGUGUUUAAUCCUUUUAGAAUUGCAAUUAGGCAACCAAAACCCAUCCUAUGUUCCUUUUUGUGUGACAAUAGAUGCAGAACGAUGCAAAGUCCCAACAAAAGCCUCAGCCCUUUUCUGCCAGUGAAAGGAGAGGUGAAGGGAGGGAGAUGAACAAAUAAUGUACUUUUCAAAAGAGGGAAAAUGAGAAACGGGGCAGAGAAAAAAAGGACUCUGGUGUGUCUUUUGUCAUAAGAACUCUGCGCACAUGCCUGGUUGGGGGAAAAGGAAAAACCAAGCCACACAUAAAAAGAAUAAAAUUUUUGCUUGUUUUGUUUUUUCUUUCCAUUCCCUUUUCUUCUACUCUUCUCUGGUCUUGUUUGUUUGUGUGUGUGUGUGUGUGUGUGUGUGUGUGUGUGUGUGUGUGUGUGUGUGUGUGUGUGUGUUUUUAUGUUUUUCUGUGUGCCACCAGCAAAACAGGAGGCGGCGCUAACCACGUGAAUGUCAAAAACUUUUUUGAAAUUAUUAGAGUGUAAACAUAUUUUUGUUCCAUAUAUUUAUUGAAAAUGUAUUUAUAUUUCUUUUUAUUUAUUUGCCAUGUAUUUGUUGAAACGUGUGAUUUUUUUAUGAAUGGAACAGCAGGAGAUGGGUGAAUACAGUGAAAUGUCACUUUUAAGAUGUCUCACACUGCAGAGCACACCGGCUUUCCCUGCCAACCACCGGCAGGUCAAAACUUUACAUUUAUCCAAUUGGCACUGAAUUUUUCAACUUUCAUUUUCUCUAAAUGACGUACACUAUCCUUUUGACUUUGGGAUUCUCUCAUUAUUCAUUUAGUUCAGUCGUUCCUUCAAAAUUUUGAUUUGUCCAUUUUCCGUUCCAGCUGCACUUUGUGUUUAGAGCUGACAAGCAAAUGUUAGCACUGACUGAAAACACAAAUGUAUUUCCUGUCACUUUCAUUCCUUAUUGAUACAUUCUGUGUUAAUUCAUGCAAACCAACAUCCCACUGACACCAUUACUCAUUCCUAUUUAACUUUCAAUAGUCUCAGCCACUUUCUGUUCUUAGUCUUUGCCUUAGACUCACAAAUUCUUGAAAAGCUGGAAAAUGUGAUUAGGUUAUGUACCUAAACACAAGCUAUCUAACUAUCCAAAUGCAAACUGAACUUUUUCACACUAG